UGGGAAAAUGGCGCUGGUUGGUGCUGCUUUGUUAAGAUUUGGGCGGUUAGUAGCAGAAAAUGUAGUAAGUGUUGGAAAAUACGGAAGUACCAGGUUCGUAAAACGUUUAUCAGGUUCUAUCACACGAAGUUGUACUUUUGAUGUCAGAGUAACACAUCUUUUCUAAGUCGGUGGCCCAAUGGCCAAAGAGGAAUGAGUGUUACAUCAGAAGAAACAAAACAAAAUGCAGAAACAGCUGCAAGUGAAGAAUCAGAGAAUGAGAAAAAAAUAAGGAAAGAAAAUGAAAAUCUCAUCAAAGAAAUCGAUUUAUUAUCAGAAAAGAAUCUGGAAUUAGAAGAUAAAUACAAACGAGCUCUAGCAGAUGGUGAAAAUAUGAGGCGGAGGUUAAUGAAACAGAUAGAGGAUGCAAAACUCUUUGGCAUACAGGGAUUCUGUAAAGAUCUGUUAGAGGUGGCAGACAUUCUGGGCAAAGCUACAGAAAGUGUUCCAAAAGAGGAAGUUAGGGAAAGCAAUCCACAUUUAAAAAAUCUCUACGAAGGACUUAAAAUGACAGAAGCCCAGUUACAUAAGGUAUUCAGUCGGCAUGGCCUUAUUCCAGUUAAUCCAAUAGAAGAAAAGUUUGAUCCUAACUUACAUGAAGCGCUAUUCCAACAGGAGGUGCAAGGGAAAGAUCCUGGUACAAUUGUUGUAGUAUCAAAAAUUGGUUACAAGCUUCAUGAACGAGUCAUACGGCCAGCUCUAGUUGGGGUUGCAAAAGGUCCCUAAAUUGAAUACAAUCUAAUGGCAGCAAACAUUACCAUAGCAGCCAGAAAUAUGUUUAUGUAGACAUUUAUUGUAUAUAACAGAACUGGUAUUAUAAAACUGUGUGACUAUAAAGUGAACAUAUUGUGACUUGAACUUCAUCUAUGUUAACACAGUAUAUUUUGAUGCCUAUGAAACAAGAUUACAUAAUUUGAAUUUGGAAUAGAACACUUUCAAAAAUUAGUUUUAACACUUCUUUAUCAUUCCUUUUUUUGGGAUGCAAUAAAUUUUUAUUGCGGUAUUUC